AUGUGUUCGAACUACAACUCGGAUCCAGUGACAACACCUGGUCAUUGGAAUUCUUGCCCUAUUGAAUCUGGACUAUCCAAGGAUUUGGACAACCUAACGAAUGAACUGUCCACGGUAAACUUGGCGAGCGGGCGUGAUCAAUGGAAAAGUAGACUUGAUGUAGAUGGUCGCCAUACGGUUGGGGCACUACGGAGGUUAAUCGAUAAACAAUCUGUUCCAAGUCAGAUACUACCACCUAUGCUAUGGCACAGGGAUGCACCUAUCAAGGUGAACUUCUUUAUUUGGAGAGCACUACAAAAUAAAAUCCCUUCUAUGAUGGCUCUAAGAUCAUGGGGUGUGGAGCUCGACUCGACAUGCUGUGGUGCUUACUUUGCUAGUGACAAAUGUGCCGAUCACAUCCUAGUAACAUGUCCGUAUGCGAGUGCAAUAAGAGACAAAAUAUUUGACUGGUGUGGCAUCACGCACCAAAUAUUUCACAAUGUCAGGGAUCUAAUAUGUUUUGCUACAAGCUGGGGUCAGUGUUCAAAAAAGAAAAAAAAAAGGCUCACGAUGAUAUGCUACGGGCUUAUAUGGAGCCUCUGGAAAUAUAGAAAUGACCGGACUUUUAAUCUGAAAUUUAUCAGUAUCUUUUGCGGAGCUGAGCAGAUAAAAUCUUUGGUGUAUCUCUGGAUCAAAUGCAGAGGAAAAGGCGGUUUAUGUGAAUGGAAGGCGUGGUCAUCAUCUCCUUUCCAUUUCUCCUAG